AUGGCCGCGGGCUGCAGGGACGGCCCGGGGCAGGAGAAGUACCGGCUGGUGGUGGUGGGCGGUGGCGGCGUGGGCAAGUCGGCGCUCACCAUCCAGUUCAUCCAGUCCUACUUUGUUACGGAUUAUGACCCAACCAUUGAGGACUCCUACACCAAGCAAUGUGUGAUAGACGACAGAGCUGCACGUUUGGACAUUCUGGAUACAGCAGGACAAGAAGAAUUUGGAGCCAUGCGUGAACAGUACAUGAGGACAGGGGAGGGUUUUCUGCUCGUUUUCUCAGUCACAGAUAGAGGAAGCUUUGAAGAAAUCUAUAAGUUUCAGCGGCAGAUUCUUAGAGUGAAAGAUCGGGAUGAAUUUCCAAUGAUUCUUGUUGGUAAUAAAGCAGAUCUGGACCUCCAAAGACAGGUGACACAAGAGGAAGGCCAGCAGCUGGCACGGCAACUUAAAGUAGUAUACAUGGAAGCCUCAGCAAAAAUCAGAUUGAAUGUAGACCAAGCUUUUCAUGAACUUGUCAGAGUUAUAAGGAAGUUUCAGGAACAAGAGUGCCCUCCUUCACCAGAGCCAACACGGAAAGAAAAAGACAAGAAAGGCUGCCAUUGUGUUAUUUUCUGAGAAUCCCAAGAACCAAGCUAUCAACUGCCAGAUCAUUUUUUUCUUUACAUCAUUUUACAUCACUUCUGGUAUUGGUCUAGCCUUAUAUGUGCAUGUCCUAAAAGUGGUCACCAGAAUAGCCUUAGUCCAAGAAGCUGGCAGAAUAGUUCUUGAAGAAGACUCAGUCAUCCUGGGGCAGACUUCAAACCAAAACACUAAGGCUGCUUCUCUAAUACCACAGUUCCUUCCUUCUGUCCCUUCAGAGCUUGCACCUUGUGGAGUUUUAUUCGCAAAGGAGAUGAAACAAAACUGUGUAGGACGAGGUGUUGAGGUCACGCAUAAGUUGUCUCUUGUGAAUUAAUUUAUUUUUACUUGUGACAUUUCAUUAGCUAUUACAAAGACCUAUAUUGGAGUAUAGAGAAUACUUUUUAAAAAAGGGGUGGAUUGGCUUUGUUUUUUUUUUUUUUUUUGUUUUGGUUUUUUUUUUUUUUUUUUUGUUUUGUUUUUUUGGUUUUUUUUUGUUUCUGCCCUCAGUUAAAUUAGACUUGAGUAUUCAGCUAGCCUUAAGAAUUACCUACACUGAAUUUCAUUGUCAGCAAAAAUUUUCAUCUCUCAUUUAUGCUGCAGUUUUAUUUCGGUGGCCAAAACAUUCUACUGUAUUUAUUUUUUGUAUCCAGAACAGCUACAGGAUGAUUACUACUACUAUUAAGAUAUGGCCAAAUACCUGAGCUCAUUCUGGAUUGAGGCAUUUCAGCUUAUUAAGAAAUUUCACAUUAUGUUUGAAAAUAAAUUGUGUCUUCCUUUGUAUUUCUGGGUAAGGGAUUAAGGAAAACUAAAAUUGUAGCUGUUUUUGUUUCAUGUGAUAUAAAAACGAAUUUGAUCUUUCCAUUGUCAGAGAUGAUUAAAUGUUUUUGCUAUAUACUUUUAUACAUUAUUUUCUUAUCAAACUAGUUAACAAGUAUUUUUAUAUGUUUGUAAGCAAAUAUGCUUUCACAGCAUAACUUGUGUAUAUGUAAAGAUGAGUAUUUAAUUCUCACAGUUCACUUUUAACUGACAAAAUGUGGGAUUUGCCAAACUGUGGUAAAUUUCUCCUUACUUUCCCAGUUAUACCCAAGAAUGGCCAAUUAUGUGCCUGUCCAGCACACCUAUGGAGUAAAAUCUAGUGUUGUGUUUUAAUGAAUUUCAGUAUCCCUUACUAAAGACUGACCAUUAUGUGAAUUAUUAAACUGUAAGACUUUUAACUGAUUGUUUAGUUAAACUGUGGAUGGUUGUUUAAUUUUGAGUUCUGUGGAUUGUGUUUAAACAAUUCAAGAGUAUGGUCCCUGAUAUUGAAAUACUGAGUGGUAUUGCACAGUUGUCACCUUAACUGAAUG